UGCACCAGCACAUCCAGCUAACUACAAAUUUUUUUUUGUAGACACAGGGUCUCACUAUGUUGCCCAGGCUGCUCUCGAACUCCUGGCUUCAAGCAGUCCUCCCGCCUUUGCCUCCCCAAAGUGCUGGGGUUACAGGCCUGAACCCCACACUCACCCAGCCAGUACUUCAGAUUCUUAUCUCUUUGUAAAACCUGGUCUUCCUAACUCCAAGAAACCUGUCUUCUGCCCGGAUUCGAGAGAAUUCCAAGGAGGGAGCUGCCUCUCCAUCCCUUCCAUAUGUGCUUCUAGGAAAAAGUUACCAGUCUCACAUCACCAGAGGGCUUGAAUGAAGAGGCUGCCAUCAGCUAUUCAAACAUUCAUCCAACAUUAACUGAGCACCUACUCUGGGUGAGGCUUACCAGGGAGCACCUGCCCCACUCCAGACUUUGAAUUGCGCCCGUUUCAUCACAUUAUUUGGUGUCCUGGCAACCAGAGACUCUGAUCUGAGCUCCAGCCAGAACAGAGGCCAUUCCUCCCCGACUGCUGUGACUCACCACCACCCCAGGCCUCUGAGGACCAGUCCGUGUAGCUCUCGGAACCACUGAAAGCUACCCCUUGUCCUUGAGGACGCCUGGAACCCCAGCCCCACUGACCCACCCUGGCAGGAUGAGCUUCUCACUCACGUUCACCGAGCUGGCCAACAUCGCCGUCCCACAGCGCGGGGUGCUGAACUUCAAGGCCCUGCACCUCCUGCUGCAUGGCAUAUUGGAGCACAUCCACAUGGCCGAGCUCAAGAAAGUCCUCUCGGAUGAGGACUUCCUGCAGACCUCGCAGGCGGUCAUCAUGCCCAGGGAAGGAGACGCCCAGCCCAUCCUCAACCCCAUGAAGAGGCUCAGCAAUGUCUUCGACCACGUGGUGAGCCGCCUCGACAAGUUAGAGAACCAGCUGGCCCUGCUGCAGGACCUGCCCUCCACCGCCCAGCUGCUGGAAGCCAGCCAGGGCACUGCCCGGCCCGUCCAGGAUCUGUGGCAUCUGAUCAAGCUCCGGAAGAUGGUGGAGGGUCAUGAUGAAGUCAUGGCCAAGUCAAUGCAGACCCUGCAGGACUUGCUCACUGAUCUUCAUGCAUUCCAGGUCACCAUCACAGCCCUCAGGAAAGAAGUGGACAUGCUGAAGAACAUGCUUGACAAGGUACACCCAGAAAGAAUGGACAUCUUUGCUGAAGACUUCAAAAUACAGAACUGGAAGAUGGUUGCACUGCAGCAGGAAGUGGCUUCUCUCCAGAAUAAGUUUAAAACCAUCCCCAAAACCGAGGACAUGGUGCUCUGGAGUGGCCUCCAUGAUACCAUGUUCGCCUCAGAAAUUGGUUCAUCACCGCUGGACCUGUGGCAGUCUGUAGAGCAGCUCCCAGAGGCUGCCCUGGCCCAGACCACCGAGUACCUUGAAGCUACUCAUGCCAUCCAGGUCUCCGAGCCCGUCCAAAACCCCCAGCUACUGCAGACUGUCUGGCAUUAUGAGGUCCCAGAGCUCCUCCCGGAGGGCUCAUCUGCCCAAGCAAUUUCACUCAGCAGAGCCCAGGAGCCAGCGCAGCUUCCGGCCCUCACUCCUGAGUCUGCACCUGGGCGCACAACUGAAUUUGCACCUGGGCCUGCACCUGGGACUGAACCUGUGCCAGGGCUGGAGCUGGGGCUGGAGCUGGAGCCUGUGCCUGCCCUGGGGCCUGUCCCAGGGCCCAGUGUGACACCUGGGUCCUUGCCAGCACCUUGGCCUGUGCUUGGACCUGUGCCUGCCCCAGGUGCCCAGCCUCCACCACCGGGAGACUGGCCUGCACUCCCAAGACACUGGCCUCUUCCCCAAGACUGGCCCAGGGUGGGCUCUUGGCCUCUGUGGGACUUAGGUGUCCUGCUGCCAACUCAGCCCCAACCCUCCAGGGCCCCACCACCAGCCACCGAGUUUGGUUCAUUGUGGCCUCGACCACUCCCGCCAUAUCAGUCUCGCCAGGGAGAAGCCCUCCAGUUCUCAGCUGUCCAAGUAAAGGGGGAGGAAAAUGAUGUCCCCAGCCUUCGGGGCCUUCGGGAGAGGGCCCGCAAGGAUGGGGCCCCCAAGGAUAGAACUCGCAAGGAUGGGGUCCCCAAAGAUACAGGUGGCAAGGAUGUGGACCCCAAGGAUAGAGCUCACAAGGAUGAUGUCCCCAAAGAUAGAGGUGGCAAGGAUGUGGACCCCAAGGAUAGAACUCACAAGGAUGAUGUCCCCAAAGAUAGAGGUGGCAAGGAUGUGGACCCCAAGGAUAGAGCUCACAAAGAUGAUGUCCCCAAAGAUAGAGGUGGCAAGGAUGUGGACCCCAAGGAUAGAGCUCACAAGGAUGAUGUCCCCAAAGAUAGAGAUGGCAAGGAUGGGGACCCCAAAGAUAGAGUUGGCAAGGAUGGGGCCCCCAAGGAAGCACAGCCUAAGGCUCCCCAGUCUGCCCUUCACCGGCUGAAAACCACCGCUGCCAUCGCCGCCGCUGCCGCCGCAGCCUACGCCACCGCCACAUCCUCCGCUGCCCAGGCAGCCAAGGUUGCUGCCAAGUUUGUCAAGGAUGCCCCAGCCACCAAAAUGGCCGCCAUUGCAACAGACACGGCUGCAGCUCGGCCCCUAGGGGUCUUUGCAGAUGUCCUGGGUGCAGGGCCUUCCCGGGGAGCCACAGAAUCCCAGAUCUUGGGCGAUGAUUCCGAAAUCUACGAAAUCCUCUCUCCCUCCUACUCUGCUGCCAGCAUCGGUCCCGAUCCAGCCCUGUCCCAGGCCAUGGUGGCUGCCAAGCAGGCCAUGAGCCCUGAAGACAAGAAGAGGGCUGUCAAGUAUUCCAUGAGCCACAUAGCCCAGAUACCUGUCAAACACGACUCUCUGAAGGAAGAAUUUGCCCAGCUGUCCUGUAACCUGAACCAGCGCUUGAGUUAUCUAGCCAAUAUGGGAGGUCCUUCCAGCCUCGGGACAACAGUGGACAUACUGCAGAAAAAGAUUGGCAGCCUCCAGAAAUCUAGGCUCAAGGAGGAAGAACUUGAGAGAAUUUGGGGCAACCAAAUAGAGAUGAUGAAGGAUCGCUACAUCACUUUGGAAAAGGCGGUGGAGAACCUGCAGAUUUGCAUGGAUGAGUUCAAGACUCUCCAGGCUCAAAUCAAAAGACUGGAAAUGAACAAGGUGAAUAAGAGCACCAUGGAGGAGGAGCUGAGAGAGAAAGCUGACAGGAGUGCCCUGGCAGGCAAGGCAAGCCGAGUUGACCUGGAGACUGUGGCCUUGGAGCUGAACGAGAUGAUUCAGGGCGUGCUCUUCAAGGUCACGAUCCAUGAGGACAGCUGGAAGAAGGCUAUGGAGGAGCUCAGCAAGGACGUGAACACCAAGUUAGUCCACAGUGAUCUGGAUCCCUUGAAGAAAGAAAUGGAAGAGGUCUGGGGAAUCGUCCGGAAGCUGCUGAUUGAGGGCUUAAGAUUGGAUCCUGACAGUGCUGCUGGCUUUAGGAGGAAGAUGUUCAAGCGCGUGAAGUGCAUCUCCUGUGACCGACCUGUGGAGAUGAUGACUGGCCCACAGCUGAUCACCAUCCGCAAAGCCCACCUGCUGUCCCAGCUGCGGCCAGCCAGCGCCAACAGCUACGAGUACUUGCAGCGGCAACAGAUGAGGGAACAGCAGCGGCUGCAGCUCCAGGACCUCGGUAUCCAGGAGGAUUGUCAGCAGGACUGGGGUGAUGGCCCCCAAAACGCCACCAGCCUCAAGUGCAAGUCCUGCAACCUGUUGACGCUCUAUCCCUACGGGGAUCCCCACGUGAUCGACUAUGACAGCGCCGAGGUGGACAUCCUGGGCAUGGAUGGGAUCCUGUACAAAGGCCGCAUGAACAGCCAGCGUGGGGCUCAGCCCUUGGCCAUCGCAAAGGAGCUGGCAGCUGUGAAGGCUCCGUGUCCCCCGUCACAAAGCCUGUAUGACCGUGUGCACUCCAGUGCCCUAUUUGGCGCCAUCUGCCCCCCCCUGUGCCCCCGCUCCAGUGCCUGCUCAGCUGCCUCGGGCCCUCACCCGACGAUGCCAACUCGACCACCUUCCCUGCCACCUCUGCCGCUGCUGCCACCGCUGAUUCCAUCCCUAAGGGACCCCCAGCAGGCCCCAGGGUCCACCAGGCUCUCAAGAGCUCCACACAUUGAGUCCCGAGUCGGCAGGAAGCCCCCCGAGGAGCCCGCCAACCCGUAAGCCCCACCCCGCUGCGCCCCCCAUCGCUAAGUCCCCUCCACGUCCGAGGCUGAGGCCCAUGUGGCCCUCCCACCCCCACCAAGUCCCCUCCACAUCCGAGGCUGAGACCCAUAUGCACCCCCCCACCCCCACCAAGUCCCGUCCCCGGCUGAGACCCAGGGCCCUGAGCCUGGCCCAGAAAGGGUGCUGGGGCCCUGGAUAGAGGGGAGGGGUCUGUGUAGGGGACCCCCAUGCUGACCCAGUGGCUGUUUUAUCCUGUGCAUAUAAAUACAAACAGCACAGUGCACAUUCUCAUUCUACAUUGUCAUAUAAACACAGCUUUCUAGUGUGAAUUUUCCAACAAGCCAAUUUAAUUCCUUGAUCCAUUUUCAAUACAACACCAAGUGGUCUGAAAAACACUUUUCCAGCUGGGCACAGUGGCUCACGCCUGUAAUCUCAACACUCUGGGAGGCCGAGGUGGGCGGAUCACCUGAGGUCAGGAGUUUGAGACCAGCCUGGCCAACAUGGUGAAACCCCAUCUCUAUUAAAAAUACAAAAAUUAGCCGGGCGUGGUGGUGGGCACCUGUAAUUUCAGCCACUUUGGAGGCUGAGACAGGAGAAUCACUUGAAUCCAGGAGGUAGAGGUUUCAGUGAGCCGAGAUGGCACCACUGCAUUCCAGCCUGGGCAACAAAGAGCGAAACUCAAUCUCAAAAACAAAAAACAAAACAAAACAAAACAAAAAACACUUUUCCUUUUAUUUGCUGAAAUGAUUUCAUUAGAAUCACUUCCAAUUACAGCUCCUGGCACUGUGCCUUUCAUUUGGGGGCCAUUAUUUCCAAGACCAGUUCCCCACGGGAACCAGACUGGGCUGUGUGCAUCCUUUUUAUUUCAUGUUCUUUCUACCAGUAACUAGUUAUUAAUUUUUUUAAACAAAAUCUGAUUGUUUAUAUUUGCCUCUUGGCUGAUCCAUGAGGAGGCUGGUGCGGCGCCCGUGGGAUAUUCUGGGAUGGCCAUCCCUUCCAGGGCCAGGUGCCACUUGCCUGUUUCAAGUCUUUCUGGUUCCCGUGCUCACCACCGAUGCAUUUGGUGGGAAAAGAGCCAACUGUGAGGUCACACCGUCUUGCUGCGGCAAUUCAGGGAUUGGCCUUGGCACGCAGAGCAGAGGGCUCCCCCAGGCCCCCCUCCCCACAAUGCUUCCGGCCUCAUUUCUUCCCCUUCUGACAGUUUGCCUGUCUCUCCCUUCAAUUUCCUCCCUUUCAAUCCUCCUCCGUCUUUCCUUUCUCGCCCCUAACGCUGUCUCGUUUUGCUCUCUCCUUCUGUACUAUUGACGGUUCUAUCCCAUCUCAGAGACUAAAACAAUGUCCCUGUGCAGGGGUGAAGCCUGACCCGCCGCCAUAGUCCCCAGUGUCCACUGGAUCCCUGGGGUGGUGCUAGGGAGUUGAGGGGCUGGUGGGGAGCUGCCAGGAGGGAGCUGGAGGGGGGCUCCCCUUUGGCUGCCUAGGGGGGGACUUUGGGCUCCAGGCUCUCCCCGGCCCCGGUGGCCAUCGGAGUCUGGGGACACUGCAUGCCUACUCUGUUCCUAUUGUCCUCAAGGUCCCUGGCCCAGCUCACUGUGACCCACGCCCCCCACCCUGGCUGCUCUUUUCUUUCUCCAGAGACUGUGUCCAAAUGAGGCCAAGCCCCUCUUGACCUGGGUGACACCUGUCCAAGCUGCCUUGGGGGUGCUGUCUGGUGUAGCCCUGGCCCCCACCCCGACCCCUAUACCACAGAUGAGUAUUUCAGGCAAUUUCUGCCCAGAAAAAAAUCUUCCACAUUUCUGACCGUGGAUGAGGGGACUGGCGGAGUGCCUUCUGUGUGGGGAGGUGGGACUUGCUGGUCCCUCCUCCAGCCACCACCCAAGGCUCAGCCCGUGGGCAGGAGAGAAGGCACCCAGGGUCACAGAGUGAGAGGCCCCAACUUGCCGGCCCCCACCAGGAGGCUGAACCUGCUGGGUCCUGUGACUUCCACCCCCUCCCACUGCAGGGAGGCGUGGCCCCCGCUUUGCUGAGCUGGGAGGGGAGGGCUCCUGGGGGACACCAGGCCAGGCCAUCUUGACACGUAACACCCAGGGCUUCCCCCGGUCCCGCACAGCUGGGCCCCCCUCUCCCUAGUGCCCCUCACUGCCUGUCCCCACUGGGCCCCUCCAGAGCACCAUCCCAGCCCCUUUCUUGGGUGUACAAGCCAGGGCUGGAGUGAGUUUCUGCAGCCCAGCAGGUGAGGAUCGAGGCCUGGGGGCAUCUCCUCUGCAUCCUCACGGGCCACCUGGGGGCUUGGGAAGGUGGGGACUCCGGCCCCACAGCAGGCUCGUGAGGAGCAGUCCCGGAAGAAGGCAGUGCCCAGGGGAGGGUGUGGGGAGGCUGGCCUUGGCCUGGUCCCAGGUGGGAGCUGCAGGCAGAAUCUCCCCUAACCCACACUAGUGCAGAGGGGUGGCGCCUGCAGGCCUUGGAAGCUGGGAGGGGGAGCUGCGCUACUCCCUGGGCAGCAGCUGUGGCUUGGUUGGGCAUAGUGGCUCAUACCUGUAAGCCCAGCACUUUUGGAGGGAGAGGCUGGAGGACUGCUUGAAUCCAGGAGUUCCAGACCAGCCAGGGCAACAGUGAGACCCAGUCUCUACAAAAAAAUAAAUAGCUAUGCGUGGUAGUGCAUGUGUGUGGUCCCAGCUAGUUGGGAGGCUGAGGCGGGAGGAUCAAUUUAGCCCAGGACGUCAAGGCUGCAGUGAGCUAUGAUUGCACCACUGCACUCCAGCCUGGGUGACAGAGUGAGACCCUGUCUCAGAAAAAACAACAACAUGGCCGGGCGUGGUGGCUCACGCCUGUAAUCCCAGCACUUUGGGAGGCCGAGGUGGGCAAAUCACCUGAGGUCAGGAGUUCGAGACCAGCCUGGCCAGUAUGAUGAAACCCCAUCUCUAUUAAAAAUACAAAAAAUUAGCUGGGCAUGGUGGCACGCGCCUGUAAUCCCAGCUACUCAGGAGGCUGAGGCAGGAGAAUCGCUUGAACCCAGAAAGCAGAGGUUGCAGUGAGCCGAGAUCGCGCCAUUGCACUCCAGCCCCGGGGACAAGAGUGAAACUCUGUCUCAAACAAAAAAAAGAAGACAGAUGAAUUGGUCAUGUGGAGAGGGGAGGGAGGGGCGCGGGGCUCUGUGAAUGGGGUGGGCAGGAAGGGAAAGGAAGGUCCCACCUUGAGGUGCUGCUGGAACAGAGGAGAUGCUGUGUGGUGACCACCUCACACUGCCAGGCCCAGCCCAGCCCACGCCUGCAAGUGAAAGGUCAUUCAACGUGUUCUCCCUUUCAAGGACCAUGAACUCAUUAACACUAAGGGAUAAACAACGGACGCCAGCACGUGUGUUGGAAAAGGGCACUGUGAGUACCCGAAGGUGGACUGCCCAGGGUGGAAGUUCAGGCACCAGACGGAAAGGCGUGGCAUGCAGCGACUUCUUAGGGACGCGGGAACCAACACAUGCUCCCUCCAACCCCCCACACCCACUGUCCUGGCUGGCUUGACUUCUGACUCUCCAUGGAUGUGCGAGCUCUAAGCAGAGACCUUCCACACACACAACCGGCAGACAAGGGUUUCUCUCCUCUGCCUCCCUCACCUUGCUCGUGGCUC